AUGGGGUUACUGGGUGCGGUGGCGGUGAUAUUCACCGUUACCACGGUAAUCUUCUGGAUCAUACGACUGUACAAAAAGAAUCAUGAGUAUAUGAACAAGGUUAGAGGGCCACAUCCGAGUAUGGUCGUGGGGAAUGUGCAUCAGUUUAGGUUCAAGCCUGAUGGUAGGUUUCAGUUUGGGUUACUGUAAUAUUUGGUAUUGUAAAUUAUUUUGAAAAGGGGUACUGUAGCAUAUAGUUUUUUUUAUAGUGGGGAUACUGUAAUUUUGUUUAAAUUUUUAAAAGUUGGUACGGUAGUUUGACAAAGGCGUACUGUAACGUUUUGAGUUAUAUUGUAACUUUUGGUAUGUAAAGUUGUGGCAAGGGUACUGUAGGACUUUAUGUAACCCAAUGUAAGCCUAAUAUCAUCAUUUUUUCAGAAUUCUUUGAGCAAGUCCAAGGUUUAUCGUACAUGUUCUGUAGCCUAAAAGAGCGAAUCGUAUCAGUAUGGAUCGGCCCUCUGCCAUGCAUAAUGUUAUAUGGAGCGGAAGAAUGCGAAACGAUAUUGGGAAGUCAGAAGACAUUGACAAAACCGUUUCAUUACCACUUUCUGACACCUUGGAUUGGGCAGGGAUUACUUAUUAGGUAAGUAGUAUCCCUACCCCUACCCCUACCCCUACCCCUACCCCUACCCCUACCCCUACCCCUACCCCUACCCCUACCCCUACCCCUACCCCUACCCCUACCCCUACCCCUACCCCUACCCCUACCCCUACCCCUACCCCUACCCCUACCCCUACCCCUACCCCUACCCCUACCCCUACCCCUACCCCUACCUCUACCCCUACCUCUACCCCUACUGUUACCCCUACCCCUACCUCUACCCCUACCUCUACCCCUACUGUUACCACUGCCCUUAUCGCUACCUCUAGUCUUACCCCUACCCUUAUCCUACCAUACCCUACUCUACCCUUCCCUACCCUCUUUGCUACUCCAACCCUUGCCUUUAAACUAGAAGUCUACCCUUACCCCUGCCCCUAUUCCUGCCUCUAUACUUACCUCUACCCAUACCCUUAAUCUUGCCCUUACCCUAACUCUACGCUACUCUAAUCUCUACCUCUGUCUCUGAUAUCUACUCCUAUCCUACAGUAUGUUUACCUUUUUAGUGAGCCCAAAAAAUGGCGCCCCCGCCGUAAACUGCUCACCCCCACCUUUCACUACGACAUUCUGAAAGACUUUGUCCAAGUUUACAAUCGACAUGCAGCCACAUUACUGAGUAAGUUCGACAAAAUCGCCGAGUCCGGAGAGUUUAUCGACAUUUUUCAUACGAUCACACUGUGCACAUUGGACAUCAUUUGUGAAUCAGCCUUAGGAUAUAACAUUGGCGCUCAACAGAACGUUCACAGCGAAUACUUGGAUGCGGUGUUUAGGUAUGGCUUUGAGGGUCUUUGUGGGCUUUAAAAGGGUCUUUUAAAAGAUAGUACAACUUCUUUUUGAUGACUUUUAUGACGAGGCGGAUAUUAAGGAAAGGUAGGGUUAAAAUUUCUGGGCCGUUUAAAACUGUUGGGCAUGGUAAAAGGUUUGGGCAUGGUAAAAGUAUUUGGGCGUGGUAAAAGCCUUGGGUUUGUUAAAAUUUUGGGCAUGGUAAAAGUCGUUGGCAUGGUAAAAGUCGGGCGGGGUAGAAUAUGUGGGCAUGGUAAAAGUGUUUUGCAUGGUAAAAGUUUUUGGCAUGGUAAAAAUUUUGGGGCAAGGUAAAAUUUUUGGGCAGAGUAAAUAUUUUGGGUAGGGUAAAAGACUUGGGCAUGGUAAAAAUGUUUGGACAGGGUAAAAGUUUUGGGGAGGUAAAAGUUUUGGGGAGGGUAAAAAUUUUUGGGCAUGGUAAAAGUAUUGGGCACGGUAAAAGUUCUGGGCAUGGUAAAAGUUUUGGGCAUGGUAAAAGUUUUGGGCAUGGAAAAAUUUUGGUUAAGGUAGGGUAGGGUAGGGUAGGGUAGGGUAGGGUAGGGUAGGGCAGUGUAGGUAUCUUGAUUGGGUAGUGUGGGGUAAGGCAAGGGUAAAGGUAGAAUUGGGGGUAUGAUCUAAAGGGGUAUUGACAUAAAUUUUAUUUUCAGAAUGAAGUACAUAGUUCACCAACGUCAAGUCAACCCAAUCUACUACCCCGAGCCGCUAUGGCAGCUUUUUGGCUACGGCCGCGAGCAGAAGAAGCUGGUCGACAUUCUUCACGCCUUCACCAACAAAGCCAUAAUGAAAAGAAGGAAGGUGGUGGACGAGGCAGGCGGAAUGCAACAAUUGAUUGAACAAGAACGAUCGGACGGUCACUCGAGAAUGGCAUUCCUGGAUUUGAUGCUGGACAUGAUGGACAAAGGGCAAUUGGACUUGGAUGGCAUUCAGGAAGAGGUCGAUACCUUCACUUUUGAGGUAGGCGUGGGUUUUUUAUUUUUUCGAUUUUUUUUAUUGAUUUUGUAAUUUUUUUUGAUAUUUUGAGCUUUUUGAAAUAUUUAUUAUUUUUAAUUUAAACUUGUUUAAAAUUUUUUAAUUUUUUAAUUUAAAAUAAAAAAAUUUGAAUUUAAUUUUUUAAAAACUGCAAAAGUUGCAUUUAAAAAACCUUUUUUUAUUUUUUUUUAUUAAAAACGCUUAAAAUCAACCCAAAAUGGCAAUAUAAACCCGAUUGUUACCUAAAUUUCCAUUUAUUCACCAAAUAAAACCAAAAAAACCUAAAAAUCAGUGAGAAACCAGUGCGAAAAGAGAGAGCUAUCAGCGAAAGAAAGAAAAGAUGGGAGCUCUCUUCUUUUCCGAGAGAGCUCUCUUCGUGUUUUCGGGGAAACCCAAUCGAAACACAACUUUUGGUUUUAUAUACGGCAACGAGAGAUUUGGCUUCUUUGACUUAUAAGAGUCCAAUUGAGGUUGGUACUUGGUUCAGCUCAUGCAAAUGAGGCAGGAAAUUAAAAAUUUUGGAAUGCAUAAAUUUGGGCUGUUCUAUUGUUUUGUAAAGAUCGUUCUUGCCAUUUUUUGCUUUGUAGAGAAAGUUCUUGCUAUUUUAAGAUCUGUAAACAAAGUUCUUGCCAUUUUUUGUUUUGUAAAGAAAGUUAUUGCUAUUUUUUUAACUUUUUGAACUUUUUUGUUGUAAAAUACGUCAUACUCAGUAUAAUUAAUCAAAAAUUUCAGGGCCAUGACACAACCUCAGCAGCGAUGAACUGGUUCCUCCACCUGAUGGGCAACCAUCCCCAAAUCCAAGCUCGAGUUCAGAAAGAAGUUGACGAGGUUUUGGGCGUGGAUCGCGAGCCGACUUUUGAAGAUUUGGGAAAGUUGAAGUAUUUGGAAGCUUGUUUCAAGGAAACACUGAGACUCUACCCUUCAGUACCAUUGAUUGCUAGGCUUAUCACUGAAGACACUAAAGUUCGUAAGUUCAUUUUUUUUACUUGUUCCACGCUUACUCUGGCCAAAAUUUUACUCCGCCUGAAAUUCUACCCUGCCCAAAAAUUUAACUUGCUCGAAAUUUUACCCUGCCCAAAAUUUUAUUUUGCUCAAAAUUCUACUCUGCUCAAUAUUUUUUCCUGCCCAAAAUUUAACCCUGUCAAAAAUUUUACCCUGCCCAACAUUUUACUCUGCCUAAAAUUUUAACCCGCCCAAAAUUUUACCCUAUCCAAAAUUUUACCCUGCUUAAACUUUUUACUCCGCUUAAAAUUUUGCUCUGCUUAAAAUUUUACUCUGCCCAAAAUUUUACCCUACCAAAAAUUUUACCCAAUUUAACCAUGCCCAAACUUUUAUCGUGUCCAAGAUUUUACUUUGCUUAAAAUUUUACUCUGCCCCAAAUUUUUCCCUGCCUAAAAUUUUACCCCGCCCAAAAUCUUACCUUGCUUAAAAGUAUAAUCUUUCCUAACCAUGCUAACGUUAAUAACUUUCUUUUCAGACAACCACACAGUACCAAAGGACAGUAUAGUACUUGUAAUAGCAUCGAUGGUUCAUCGUGAUGAACGGUUUUGGCCGGAUCCGGAGACUUUCAACCCUGACAGGUUUAUGGACACAGAGCUGAAACACCCAUAUUCAUACAUUCCAUUCUCAGCUGGGUCUAGGAAUUGCAUUGGUGGGUUAGACUUUAUAAAUUUUAAAAAUUAAAAAAUUUUUUUUGAUUUUUUUUUAUUUUUUUCGAAAUUUGGUUUGAAAUUUUUGCUUUAAAACUUGGAGUAAGAAACCUAAAUUUGAAAAAAUUUAUUGCCAUUUUUAGUUUUGUAAAGAAAGUUCUUGUCAUUUUUUGUUUUGUAAAGAAAGUUCUUGUCAUUUUUUGUUUUGUAAAGAAAGUUCUUGCCAUUUUGUGUUUUGUAAAGAAAGUUCUUGUCAUUUUUUGUUUUGUAAAGAAAGUUCUUGUCAUUUUUUGUUUUGUAAAGAAAGUUCUUGUCAUUUUUUGUUUUGUAAAGAAAGUUCUUGCCAUUUUGUGUUUUGUAAAGAAAGUUCUUGUCAUUUUUUGUUUUGUAAAGAAAGUUCUUGCCAUUUUUUGUUUUGUAAAGAAAGUUCUUGUCAUUUUUUGCUUUGGAAAGAAAGUUCUUGCCAUUUUAUGUUUUGUAAAGAAAGUUCUUGCCAUUUUAUGUUUUGUAAAGAAAGUUCUUGCCAUUUCAUGUUUUGUAAAGAAAGUUCUUGCCAUUUUUUGUUUUGUAAAGAAAGUUCUUGUCAUUUUUUGCUUUGGAAAGAAAGUUCUUGCCAUUUUAUGUUUUGUAAAGAAAGUUCUUGUCAUUUUUUGUUUUGUAAAGAAAGUUCUUGUCAUUUUUUGCUUUGGAAAAAAAGUUUUUGCCAUUUUUUGUUUUGUAAAGAAAGUUCUUGCCAUUUUAUGUUUUGUAAAGAAAGUUCUUGCCAUUUCAUGUUUUGUAAAGAAAGUUCUUGCCAUUUUAUGUUUUGUAAAGAAAGUUCUUGCCAUUUUAUGUUUUGUAAAGAAAGUUCUUGCCAUUUUUUGUUUUGUAAAGAAAGUUCUUGUCGUUUCCUGUUUUAUAAAGAAAGUUUUAAAGUUCUAGUCUAGACUAGCUUAAAACAUUUUACAAAAUUUGCCGCAAGCUCAUCACUUACUAAUAUUACACAGUAAAGCACUGUUUUUUCUCUUUUUUACUGUGUAAUGUAUAAUUAUAUCAAUGAGUAAUUUGUGAAAACAAGGUAAUUUAACAACGUUCAAGUUUAGUAAUGUGAGUUUAAAGUCAUUUUCGAAAUUUAUAAUUUGCUGCAAUUUAAAAAAUUUUUGAAGGAUAGUGUACGGUAAGGUAGGGGAGCGUAUGGCUAGAAUAGAGUAGACAUGAAGAACGGGCCAAGUCGAGCCUCAAAAUUUAGGCCGGGCCCGUUAAAAAAAAUUCGGGCAAGUCUGAGAAAAAAUUUUGAUCGUGCAGGGCCUGAAAAUUGGGCCCAGCCCGUUACUCAUGAUUUGAAUAAGGUAGAAUAGAGUAGGGUAGGGUAAAGUAGGGUAGGGUAGGGUAGGGUAGAGUAGGGUAGGGUAGAGUAGGGUAGGGUAGGGUAGGGUAGGGUAGGGUAGGGUAGGGUAGGGUAGGGUAGGGUAAGGUAGGGUAGGGUAAAGUAGGGUAGGGUAGGGUAGAGUAGGGUAGGGUAGGGUAGGGUAGGGUAGGGUAGGGUAGGGUAGGGUAGGGUAGGGUAGGGUAGGGUAGGGUAAGGUAGGGUAGGGUAAAGUAGGGUAGGGUAGAGUAGGGUAGGGUAGGGUAGGGUAAAGUAGGGUAGGGUAGAGUAGGGUAGGAUAGGGUAGGGUAGGGUAGGGUAGAGUAGGGUAGGGUAGGGUAGGGUAGGGUAGGGUAGGGUAGGGUAGGGUAGGGUAGGGUAGGGUAGGGUAGGGUAGGGUAGGGUAGGGUAGGGUAGGGUAGGGUAGAUUAGGGUAGGGUAAAGUAGGGUAGGGUAGAGUAGGGUAGGGUAGGGUAGGGUAGGGUAGGGUAGGGUAGAGUAGAGUAGAGUAAUAGGGUUAGCAAUAAGUUACUUCUUUUCUUCUCAUUGUAUUGUAAAUGUUUCAAGAAGAAUUCAAUUAAAAGUACAUCAUAGAAGUGGAAGAUUUCACUGUUUUGACUCUCAUGUGUCUUAUGUAUAGGUAUACAAAAGUUCUUUGUUCUCCUAAGUACCCUACCUUCGUGUUCUUUUUUCAAAUUGCUAUUGCAAUUUGUUAGAAAAAACCAGUUAUUGAACUUUGAUUCAAAAGAUUAAAAAAAACUUUAUACCUAAAAUACUAAAAAUUGCAAGAACUUUCUUUACAAAAUCAAAAAUGCCGAGAACUUUCUUUACAAAUCAAAAAAUGGCAAGAACUUUCUUUACAAACUCAAAAAUUGCAAGAACUUUCUUUACAGACCUUAAAAUGAAAAAACGUUUAAAACUUUAAAUUUUCUGAAGAAACUUUCCUUCCAGGCCAGCGCUUCGCGAUGAUGGAAGAGAAAUGCGUGAUCGCCCAGAUAAUGCGUCGCUUCCGUGUGACAUCCAAGUUAAAAACGCACGAAAUGCGAGUCGCGGCCGAGCUUAUCAUUCGGCCAAUGUAUGGAAAUCAUGUCAAGUUUGAGCGACGCAGCUUUGGCGACUACACUUUGAUCUCAAAUUAG